AUGCUGAAGAGGCCUUCGCUCUGGUUGGCGAGGCUCGGCCUGAAAGGAGCUGUAUCGGAGCCUUCGAAGGGCGCAACAAUGCGAGAAUGCUUAUACAAGUAUCCAGCCCGUCCGUCGUGCGUGCCCGGCGCGAGGCGUAGGGACUGCUUGCUUCUCUGGCCACAGAACAAAGACAGAAAGACGAUCGGUUUGUACAACCAAGAGGUAGAGCGAAGUGAAGUGAAGAGAGAGACAGAGAGAGAGAGAGAGAGGGAGAGCGAGAGCCCCAACGGAAAGAAGAAAGCAGGAAGAGAGAGAGCAGAGAGCGAAGAGUCCUGUUGUUCUGCAGCACCCUAUAGCUUCCCUUUGCCGCUGACCCCUUAG